AUGUCAUCAUUUCCUGAUUUCUCUCGUCGUGCAUCAACAGUGAUGAUCCUCGGAAGCGCAACAACGAUCAUAACUCUAUUUGGAAACUUUAUACGCUCCAAUAUCAUACCUUGGGUCUCGUUGGCCGCGGUUCAUAGAGAUUUCACUGUAAUCGCGAUAGUCAAAUCUGAUGUGGACAUUGUCCCCAUCGAAUUUGCGUGGUGGAGCGUCUCUUCGAUUUCGUGGCUCUAUAUCGGGUUGUCCAUUGUGCUGGGCGAAGAUAUUCGAGAUGCAGUGAGGUCAUCGCCAAAGGUUUAUGCAUCAAUAACGAAAUGGCUCAAGGCUUUCGAGCCUCGUUUACCUCGUUUACACAUCUCUAGUAGGCCUCUGCUACCAUUACAUAUUAGAAGACGCGCUGCAGAUCCUUCGUCGACGAUGGUUGAGCCAGGAGAAAACUUCGUUUCCGGUUGGGACGAUAUGAUUGAUUUGAAGUCGAAGUCUCCAACCCCUCGCUCCCCAACGUCCACUGCCAGCAUGCGCUCAGGAACUUCGCCUGUGAACUAUCCCUCGUCACCAACUCCUCCGCCCCAUUCUCCUCCACCAAUCCCUGAUAAGACUUUACGAUCCCUCGUGCCAUCCUCGAAUCCGGUUCGAACUUCUACGACGUCAGAAGAUGUCGCCUUUUCUGCAUAUACAGCGGAAUAUUUGCACUCGCCUACAGCUCAUUCCCUUGGACUUCAGUCACCUCUUAUUCCCCCACCACAUGUUUACAAGCCUCUACCGAGAAGCGUUGGCGAUAAAGCUCUGAGGGAAACUCCGCAGGUACCAGUCAAACUUAACGCUCCUCAAAGUGUUCCAGACGACGUACAAUCCACCAUUUCUUCCAUUUUUGAUGCUGCGUGGCCUCAACCUCCAUGUUCACCACCGCCGUUCACUCCCCGCGUCGGCCAUCAAUCCCCUGCGUAUUCGGACACAGUGUUUGGUGAACAUGAUGGUCCGUUUGACCGAGUCAGGAACUAUGCACGCCCUUUUCGAGGGCCCGGUGUCCGUCCUGUCCCGGAUAGUGUGAAGCAUCUGGAUGCUACGAGCAGGGCGGCUUCUCCCACGUUGAACAAGGCUAGGAAAUAUUUGCGAGCAGGAAGUCAUCCACCCUCGAACGAAGCUAUCUUUAUGACCGUAGUCCAAGAGACUACCUGA